UUAAGUUUUAAUACCAGACAACUGCAAAUUGGCUUAUCGAAAAAGUCUAAAAACAAAGCAAACUGGGAUUUAAGCUUCAAAUCAUUUUGGUUUAUUAUUUGGUGUACGUUGCAGAAAGCAGACUUAUCAAGCAAAUAAUUUUCUUUUAAAAUGGCGCCGUUUUCCUCCUGUUCCAUAUGCCAAGUCAGGACCCGAAAGAUGGUCAAGGAUCCCCUCACCUUGAAGCAGAUCUACGUGUGUCCGAAAGAAGAGCCCUUAAAGGAAGUGGUUCAAGUUAAAAAAAUACCCAAAAUCACGCCGCCACUCAUGCAAACUGUGGUAAUUAAGAACCGAAAAUAUGUGGCCAUCAGUGAGACAGCCGACGACGAGUAAUUUGUUCUUGGUCUCAUUUUCAUGUCAUAAAACGAGCAAGCAGACUUUGAUUAAACUAGUGACACCGUUAAGCUAAUUUCCAUACAACAAAACACAAAAUACAAAUAAA